AUGCACCUUAGUGCACCCACAGAGGCCUUAGACAUGGACAGGUUUUCACCGAUCAAACCUCAUAUCGAUUAUGUCGGCAUAGCAGGCAUUACUCAGUCGUAUCUGUGCCGUUUCAUAUAUGAAGCCCAUGUUCCCUGUGAUCCCCGAAGGGCUCGCAUAGGUCGACCAAGAGUGAACCCCAAAAUAUCCUCCAGUACUCCUUUCUGGACAGCGGCUAUAUUGAACCCCGACAAUAACAGGAAAGCUCCGGUUGAACAGUUAGGCUAUCCUGUCCACGCUCACUGCUGGAUACUAGUGGACCGUGUUAUAGGGUUUGGAUUGGUAGAAGCCAAUCUAAAGAUAUUUCCGAGAUUAAUCAAACUGUUCUGGACGGAAAACGUUAAGAGUUGGUGUAGGGAGUCCUGGAAAUAUGUUGUGCAUGGAAGGGAUUCAGAUAACGGUCUGGAUCCAGGUAACUGGAAACUUCGGGAAAACCCAUACACCCUGCCAGCCUGGUAA